AUGAACACCACUGAGCUCACUUUUGGGAUCGUAUUUCUGUUCCAAAUGGGAAUCGGCCUCUUAGGGAACAUUGUCCUUCUCCUGUUCUAUAUCCGCAUGGCCUCUUCCAGCCCCAAGCUGAGCCCGUCAGACUUGGGCUUUGCCCACCUGGUCUUGGCUAAUACCAUCAUCCUCCUCGCCUUUGGAAUCCCAGAGACCAUGUCUGCUUGGGGAUGGAGAAAUUUCCUGGACGGUGUUGGAUGCAAAAUCCUCAUUUAUCUGUUUCGAAUGGCCCGCAGCCUCGCCAUCUGCAGCACCUGCCUCCUGAGCAUCUUCCAGGCCAUCACCAUCAGCCCCGGGACCUCUCGGUGGGCCCGGAUCAAAGCCAGGCUGCCCAAGUGCAUCUUCCCCUCCUGCCUCCUGUCCUGGGGCCUCAGUCUGCUCGUGGAUUUUGAUGUGCUGGUGAACAUGACAGGCCCCCAGAACAGCAGCGUUCAACUCAUGUUGGAUCUCAAAUAUUGCUCCAAAGUCAGUAUCAGCGCGGAAACCACUCUACUCAUCGUGGUCGUGCGCUCUUUGCGCGACCUCGUCUUCGUGGGGCUCAUGAGCUUGGCCAGCGGCUACAUGGUGUUCGUCCUGCACAGGCACCACCAGCGGGUCCGGCACCUCCACGCGCACGGGCGGUCCCCCGGGGCGACGCCUGAGGUCAGAGCAGCCAAGAGGGUCGUGGCCCUGGCAACGCUCUAUGUCCUUCUCCAUGGGCGACAUUCGAUCAUGCUGAGCGUCAUACUGAACAUGAAAGAGAAGCCCUUUCUGUUGGUGACCAGCCACAUGGUGUUAGGGUUCACGUUCUCCACCGUGAGUCCGCUCCUGCUGAUUCACAGUGACCGGAGAAUCAGGACAUUCUGGAAAAGGGAAUCUCUUGAUGCCAAUGCGAGCUAUUCAUAG